AUGGCUGAGAAGGACAAGACAGAAGAGAUGCUAGAAGAUCUUGGAUCUAUCAGUGCGUCUGUCGCAGACCUUGAGCAAGUUAAUCAUGAUGUUCUCAGACUGGCAGAGAUGGGAUAUGAACAAGAAAUGCGCCGAAAGUUCUCACCGUGGUCCGUUCUCGCAGUCGGGUUCUCCUUAACCAAUUCCUGGUUUGGCCUAUCUUUUUCCCUAGCAACCGGCAUCAACUCAGGCGGUCCAGUUAUUUUGAUCUACGGUCUGAUGAUACUCGGCCUCGUUUCUGUCAGUGUCGCUAUCAGUCUCGCAGAGAUGGCUAGCGCUUAUCCAAACUCCGGUGGCCAAUACUUCUGGGCAAAGGUGUUGGCACCUCCUAGAUACGCUGGUAUUGUAAGCUAUCUGACUGGAUGGUUUGCCUACGCAGGUUCUAUCUUUGCUUCUGCCUCCGUCGCUUCAGGGAUGGCAUCUGGCAUUGUUGGUUUAUAUCAACUAACGCACCCUGACCUUACGAUACAAGCUUGGCAUGUCGUUGUCACUUACGAACUUUUCACUUUCUUCUGCUAUUUUUUGAAUACCUGGGGCAGAGCCUUACCAGCUAUCAAUACCUUGAGCUUAUAUCUGUCACUGACGUCUUUUAUUGUGAUUACAAUUGCUGUCCCUGCAUCUUCAUCCAGUCAUCAACCUGCUAGCUUCGUCUUUACGGAGUUUAUCAACAAUACUGGAUGGAAAGAAAAUGGCGUGGCAUUUCUCAUCGGCCUCAUAAAUACAAAUUACCCUUUUGCCGCUUUGGACUGCGCAACGCAUGUAGCAGAAGAAGUCAGCAAUCCUGAGCGGGCUAUACCAAUUGCCCUACUUGGAACCGUUGCGAUUGGAUUUUCCACAGCGUGGUUAUUUGCAGUUUCAAUGAUGUUUUCCAUCCAUGAUCUGGACGCUGUGUCUAACACUGCCACGCUAGUACCAAUCAUUGAAAUAUUCAACCAGGCUAUCGGUCCAACUGGAGCCAUCGCGUUGGAAACUCUCAUCAUCCUCACGGGAGUGGGCUGCUUGACGACCUGUCACACCUGGCAAGCUCGAUUGUGUUGGAGUUUUGCUCGGGACAAAGGAUUACCAUUUUCCUCACAACUAAGUAAAGUCGACCACAAGCUCGAUGUUCCUAUCGUAGCACACACAGUGAGUGUCGUGAUAGACGCCUUGGUUGGUGAGUGCGACGAUAGCCUUGCUGUAUGUUAGUUAUAGCAUUCCAGUAGUGUGUCAACUCAUCAAAGGUCGAGAUAAGACGCCUCACGGUCCCUACUGGUUCGGAAAAUUGGGACUACUAUCUAAUAUUGUUUUGUUGGUAUGGACUCUUUACUCGGUUGUUAUAUAUGCUCUCCCGGCAGUUAUGCCGGUAACGGCAGGCAACAUGAAUUAUAUAAGUGCGGUAUACGUGGCACUGGCCAUUGUCAUUGCCGCUGACUGGGCCUUCCGCGGACGCAAGUCAUAUCUUGGCAAUAGUGUGACAGAAGCUUCUGAACCAACUUCGUAAAUGCAGAACUACAAUAAAAUAUGUGGGACAGACAAGUUUGUAUUGAAAGAACACCGGCUGCUCUUUGUGCAAUGUGUUAGGAGGCCUCACUAUCUGCUUCUCUUAGUGGGCGCAGUACUUUUUUAAAAAUGCCAACUAGCG